AUGCGGGCCGCCCUCGCUCACUUCGCACUCGCACAGCCGCGAGUUGACGACGCUGAGAAGACAAGCAGAAGCAGCCCAGCAGGUGCCAUGAGGAACUCCGGAUUCUCGCUCGUCCUGCUGACCUUUGUCUGGAAUCUUUCGCCGGGAAUCGUUCGCGCUGAGGACGCGAUCGAUCUGGAGGCCUUGGCCGCGCAGAUGCCCCUCUGCCCCGCCCGCCUGCCCGACGACGCCCCUGAAGAAGCCCAGGAACUCCUUUCCACCCUCUCUAUGGACCUUCUGAACCCGCCUUCGCUGAACGGGUCCGACAUCCUGGUUGAGACCGACGUCGUAAUGUCGCAGGAGCAGUGGCAAGCGAUACACAAACCCCUCGUGAAGGGCGCCCCUCGAAAGGCCAUUCCGUGGGGCUUCAGCCGGUGGCCCGCGUCGCAGUCGACGGGUCUGCCCACCGCCCCCUACAAGAUAGAAUCGUCUGUGCGAAAUCCGGGCAUGAUCCGAACCGGCAUGAACGUGUGGGAGAGCCACACCUGCUUACGUCGGCAGGACUGGCGCGAGAGGACAGACGCUCUCCAUAGGCAGGGUUGCUAUACCGCGGUGAUCAUCGAGCACGAGCUAGGCCACGCCCUCGGCCUCUUCCACGAGCAGAACCGCGGCGACAGGGACGGCUUCGUGCAGGUUGUCGCGGAAAACGUGAUGGCUGGCGUCGAGAACAAUUUCAAAAAGGAAAACACCGCUAACUAUGGCGAGGAAUACGACUUCUCUUCGAUUAUGCAUUACUCGUCCACUGCCUUCUCGAAGAAUGGCGGUUCGACCAUAGUGACAUUAGACCCAGCCAUGCAAGUAUACCUUGGCCAGAGCGACGACCUAUCCUUCAGAGACAUCGCUAUUGUCAACCACAUGUACGGCUGUUCGGAUCUGUGGAGCUCGUCCUGCGCCUCCACGCCGCCCACCUGCGAGAACGGGGGUUACCUGGGCCCUAACUGUGCCUGCAAGUGUCCCCCUGGCACUUCGGGCAGCACGUGUGCCGAUAUCACUGGUUCUUAUUAUCCGACGCCAGUAUGCGGUGGGAACAUCACUAAGGCUACGACCAUCAAAACCCCAAAUCACCCUUAUAAAUUCCCCAAAGGGACGAGCUGCGUGUGGUGGAUCCGCGCCCCGGACCAGUGCCAGUACCCCGUCGUCACAGUGAACGACUUCUCACUCUUCGGGAGGGCCGCCAACAACCACUGUGCGUGGGAUCGACUCGAGGUCAGGACGGAUUCUCUCUACUCCGGCGACGAGUACUGCGGAACAGAUCUCGCUCCCGGCAGGAAGCUCACCUCCGGACAGGACCUGAUCCUCUACUUCCACGGGGCGUUCAGCAGCAAGCCGGGCUUCAGCUUCUCGGUCGAGUUUGAGAUGACGUGUCGCCAGUGUUCGAUCUCAGAGAUGUCGACUGCCAUCCACUGGAAGUCCCCCAAUUAUCCAUCUGUUUACCCGCCCGACCUACAGUGUUCCGUCAACGUGCAGAAGACGGCGCCGGCACUGACCUUCCUCUUAUACAGAAAUGUUCGACUGAAUAGAUGUAUAGAUAAUUUCGUUGUCAACGGCCCUUAUGGACGAACCUUUAGGGUGUGCGGCAGGAGACGCGGGAGUACACGACUCAUUGGAACCGAACACAGUGCCUCCUUCAGCAGCGGGCCGACGAUGGGCCGCUCGGGCUGGUACCUGGUCUUCUACACGAGAAGUUCGCCCUGCCACGGUGUCGUGGAUCUCUCAAGCUCUUCCUCGGGACACCUCAAGUCCCGGAGACACCCGAGGCUGCACCCCAAGUUCAGCCAGUGCGAGUGGUGGCUCAGGGCCCCCGCCGGACAGAAGAUCCAACUGACGUUUGAGUACCUGGUACUUGCGGCCAGGAAAUACCAACCAGAUAUGACGUGGUACCACGAUUAUUACUACCAGCGCCAUUGUGAUCGUGGCUUCGUCCUCCUAUCCAUGGAAGGAGACGCAUCCUAUCCACCGUCCUCGGCAAAUACCCAGAAACUGUGCGGAUACCGUAAGGCAGGAUACCAGGUCACGUCAGUCGCCAGCGAGAUGAACCUCCUCUUCUACGGCGCCAGAUACAGAUCGAGGGGCAUGAAAGUGCGAUACGACUUGCUUUGAAAUGACUAACACGCUUGAACCUGGACUGUCUAUACGUAUACAG